AUGAUUUCGUCUCCCUCCCUACACUCAUCAGUCAUCCCUACCACCCCUCCGCCGCCGCCGUCAAUCUCCCUCCCUCUCUUCCCGUCUCCCUCCAAGAUGUCGGACGCCCACGGCCAGCGGGAUCGCUACCUCCUCCUCCACCAAGAAUUCAUCACCACCUUCCCCGGAGAAGCCGAGCAAUCCUCACCCUACAACGUCGAGGCCAGCUCGUUGGCUUCCAAGGACGGCUGGAUCCUCCGAGAGCUCCCUUUCCACGGGGACUCCCGCGGCCGCCAUCUCGACCUCUACCUCCUCAACCCAUUCACCGGCGCCUCCAUCCCGCUUCCUCUCCUCAAAUCCGAAUCCUCCAGCUUCGAUCUAAAAGCCAUCAUCUCUUCUUCCCCUGACGGCGACCAAGACUGCCACGUGUUCACCCUUUCGGGGUUGCGGAAGAAAUUGUUGGCGUGGUGCAAGGUCGGGCCAGGAGGAGGCGGCGGCGGCUGGACUUACCCGCCAAAGAAUUGCCUUGUCUGUGUACGUGACUAUACACCCCUAGACGCCUGCUACUCCAACGGCAACCUCUACCUAGCCGGUGAAGAUGCGCUCUGGGUCGUCCACGACAUACUCAAACCCUUCUCCGCCGCGGCGGGACCCAUCGUGAAGGCGUUCCCUUAUUCUGGCCACAUGAAAUCGUUCGACGCCCAAAACGGCUGCGCGCCGGUGUCGGGGACUCAUCCCUACUUGUGUCACCUCGACGGCGGCGGCCAGGUUCGCGUAAUUCUCCCUGAUUGUAAAGGGGACUACUACGUGGGAUUCCGUGUGUUCAAGCUCGUCGAUGAAGGCAAAGGGCUCGAUAGGGUUUUGGAUUAUUUUCCUAGUGGUAAUGUUGACAGGGGUGAGUAUUGGGAAGAAGUGUGGAGUCUGGACGGGCAUGCUGUGUUCAUCGGGACUCACCAAUCUUUUGCCUUCCCAACUAAGGUUGAUGCUAUUGCUAGUCAGGCGACUAGUAUUCUCAAUCCGAAUGCUAGCGGGAUUAGAGGCGACUACAUUUACUCUGCACUGAAUCGUGUUUGUGGGCAUCUGGAAUCAUUUGGAGCGCCGGAUUGGGAUGGUGCAUUUGAUCUUGCCAAUCGAAAGUUCCAGAGGUUUGCUCAUGAUGAACUUUACGGUGAUAACAAGACGCGAGAUGCCAUCUUUUGGUUCAUCCCUGUGCCCUGGGCAAACACUAAAAGUACAGCAAGCGAAAAUCAGCAAAGGAGAAGGAAGAAAGGAAAGAAGAAAAAGAAACAAAUUACAGGGGUACCAACAGCCUCACAAGAGGCAGAAACCUCUACCUAA